UUGCUCCAGUCCAAUUCAACCCACACCGGCCGCCGUCGCUGGUCGCCGCCCCAUGCUACUCCUCCCCGCCCUCCUCCGCCGCGCCCACCCGCACCACCCUCCCCGCCGCCACCUCUCCCGCCUCCUGGACCACUACGGCUUCGCGCCGCCCGCAUCCCUGACCCCGAACCCGCGAGAAGCCCCCCACGCCGCCGCCGAGAAGAAGCGCCGGACCAAGAAGCCCCCCUACCGUCCGCCGUCUUCGCUCGACCGCGGCGGCCGCCCGGCCUCCCACUCCGACCUCCCCUUCGACUUCCGCUUCAGCUACACCGAGAGCACCCCGGACGCCAAGCCCAUCGGGCUCCGCGAGCCCAAGUACUCCCCGUUCGGGCCCGGCCGCCUCGACCGGCCCUGGACCGGCCUCUGCGCGCCCGCCGUCGACACCACAAUCCGCGACGUCCACGCCGAGGACCCGGCCCCCGCCGCCGAGAAGGACCUGCAGGAGGCCCGCCGGCGCGAGCGGGAGCGCGUGCUCGGCGAGCCGCUCACCCCCGCGGAGCGCACGUUCGUGGUCGACAAGUGCCAGAGGAACCGCACCAAGCGGCAGGUUAAUCUCGGCAGAGAUGGGCUCACUCAUAACAUGCUAAAUGACAUUCAUAACCACUGGAAGCACGGCGAGGCCGUUAGGGUCAAAUGCCUAGGUGUGCCAACGGUUGAUAUGCAAAAUGUGUGCCAUGAGCUUGAGGAUAAAACUGGUGGCCUUAUCAUCCACAGGCAUGGUGGUCAGUUAAUACUGUACAGGGGGAGGCAUUAUCAUCCAAAGAAAAGACCUGUUAUUCCGUUGAUGUUGUGGAAGCCAGCCGAACCUAUCUACCCCAGGCUAAUCAAAACAACAAUAGAAGGGCUAACAGUUGUGGAAACGAAGGCAAUGAGGAAAAAGGGCCUACAUGUUCCUGUUUUAACAAAGCUCGCAAAGAAUGGGUAUUAUGCUAGUCUUGUGCCAAUGGUUCGAGAUGCUUUUUUGACCGAUGAAUUGGUUCGAAUAGAUUGUAAAGGAUUGCCAAAAAGUGACUACCGCAAGAUUGGAGUAAAGCUCAGAGACCUUGUUCCUUGCAUUCUUGUCUCUUUUGACAAGGAGCAAAUUAUUAUUUGGAGGGGAAAGGACUAUGAUGAAAGCAUGCAGAAUAAUCUGCAGCGGUCAUUCCCUUCAGUUCUUGAAUCAGAGAGUGCAUCAGUGAAUAAUGAGAAUGGUGAACAUGAAGAAGCGUCAAGUGAGAGCGCAUCAGUGAAGAAUGAGAAUGGUGAACAGGGAGAAACAUCAAGUGAUUGGUCUUCUGAUGAGUGUUCUGAGAACAGUAGCUCUGAUGAAGUGCCAGAUGACAAGUAGGCCAUUCUGGGGUAGAAUAUCCUUAGAUCAAUCUGAUAUAUUCAUAACACACAGAUUACAAGAUUGCUGAAUAGGCACCAGCUGUUCACAAAGCCAGUGUGCCCUUAGACUCUGCGAACUUGUGUAUUCUCUACCUGUGCUAAUGACCAUCAAUUUGCAACGAGAAUCUUUAUCUCUAUUUCUUGUUUUCAAUCAUCCAUGACUAGUUUUUGGCGGUUGUACAAGCUUGUUCAUUUCCGUGGAUGGGAUAGUAGUUGCUUCGGAUGGAAGACUCACAUCUAGCAGUUGUAGUAGCUUGAGGAUCUAGCAGUCAAGUAAGCAAAGAACUAGAAUGUUGAUCUUAUCUUACUGACCACCAUUGGUAGGUUGCGGUGGACUGGAGGGUGUAUUAUAUGAAGUUAUGAACCUCAUUUACGCAAGAAAUGUAAAGCCUAUAAUGAACAAUGAUACAUGAAUGCUAUCCAAUCUUCACUGGGCCUGGAGAUUCCUUGA